AUGAAUAAUAGUACUUUUUUUGAAAUUAGUAAAAUAAAAUCUGAUCAAUUUUUCAAUCUCACAGAAGAAAUGACUAGUGAUAUUGAAGUUGAAAUUUUAAAAGCUCAGGGAAUCAACAAUAUUCCUUCUUUGUUACGGGCACAAGACUUAUUUUCUUUAUUUAAAAUCGAUUGUGAAGAAUUACAAGAUUUAAGAACUCGUGCAUGUUUACGAUUAAAAAGUGGUGAAUAUAUGAUACGUCCAGCUAUAAAAGAAAAUCUUGAUUAUUGUAUAAAUGUACUGAAAAAUAAAUUACAUGAACAACAACCACAUGUCUCCCAAAAUCAAAACCAAAAUUCAAAUACACACCCUAGUAGUUUUGUAAAUACAUUCAUUAAUAAUAUGUCUGAUAAUAUGAAUCGUUCUAAAUAUCGUUAUCAAUACAAUGAAAGUACACGACGAUUUGCAUCGUCAGUAUAUGCAUUAGGCGGUCAAAAUGUUUAUCAGCUUUUACGAUUAAAUUUACCGGGUGCUUUUCCAUCUAUACCAACAAUAGAAUCGUACAAUAAUGAAUAUUGUACACGUAUAGAAGAAGGUGAAUUUCGUUUUGAUCAGUUGAAUGAUUCUUCAAAAAACAUUAAUUGUUCUUAUGCAUAUGCUUCUGAAGAUUGUACCGGUGUUAUUAGUAAAAUACAGUAUGAUGCUGAGAGUAAUUCGUUUGUCGGAUUCUGUUCAGAAUUAAGAGCUGGUAUACCAAUGCUUCGUCAGUAUCAAACUGACGAUUUUCUUGAAUUAGAAGAAUGGUUUGAAACAUUUAAAAAAUCAACAUUAGUAAAUCUGCAUACAGUUCAACCAAUAACUAGUAUAGGAUCUACACCGUUUUUGUUAUCUAGUUUUGGUACUGAUAAUCAUAUUGAUUCAGUUUCAAUAAUUCAUCGUUGGUUAUUUAUACUUGAAGAAUGCAAAAAAAGAAAUAUUAGAAUUGUUGGAUUUUCUUCUGAUGCCGAUUCGAAAUAUUUAAAAGCGAUGAGGCUAGCAACAGGUUAG